UAAUCAGGUAAAUUCAUGCAAUUACUGGUGGUGGUGUUACUAUAUCUGUACGGUCUAUCGAGACCUGUCCGUGUCCGGCUAUCAUGGCUAUUUUUCUGUAUGGUCUAUGAAGGCCUGUCCCAUGUCUGCCUAUUGUGGCUAUCUGUGUCUGGCCUAUCGUGGCUAUUUCUGUACGGUCUAUCGAGACCUGUCCGUGUCCGGCUAUCAUGGCUAUUUUUCUGUACGGUCUAUCAAGACCUGUCCCAUGUCUGCAUAUUGUGGCUAUCUGUGCCUGGCCUAUCGUGGCUAUUUCUGUACGGUCUAUCGAGACCUGUCCGUGUCCGGCUAUCAUGGCUAUUUUUCUGUAUGGUCUAUCAAGGCCUGUCCCAUGUCUGCCUAUUGUGGCUGUCUGUGUCUGCCUAUCGUGGCUAUUUCUGUACGGUCUAUCGAGACCUGUCCGUGUCCGGCUAUUAUGGCUAUUUUUCUGUAUGGUCUAUCAAGGCCUGUUCCAUGUCUGCCUAUUGUGGCUAUCUGUGUCUGGCCUAUCCUGGCUAUUUCUGUACGGUCUAUCGAGGCCUAUCUGUGUCUGGCUAUAAUGGCUAUUUCUGUACGGCCUAUCGAGGCCUGUCCGUGUCUGCCUAUCGUGGCUGUCUGUGUCUGGCCUAUCGUGGCUAUUUCUGUACGGCCUAUCAAGGCCUGUCCGUGUCCGGCCAUCAUGGCUAUUUUUCUGUAUGGUCUAUUGAGGCCUGUCCUGUGUCUGCCUAUUGUGGCUAUUUCUGUACGGCCUAUUGAGGCCUGUCUGCGUCUGCCAUUGUGGCUGUCUGCGUCUGGCCUAUCGUGGCUAUUUAUGUACGGCCUAUCGAGGCCUGUCUUGCGUCUGCCUAUCGUGGCUGUCUGCGUCUGGCCUAUUGUGGCUAUUUAUGUACGGUCUAUCGAGGCCUGUCUGUGUUGGCUAUCAUGGCUAUUUCUGUACGGUCUAUCGAGGCCUGUCCGUGUCUGCCUAUCGUGGCUGUCUGCGUCUGGCCUAUUGUGGCUAUUUCCGUUGGUCUAUCGAGGCCUGUCCGUGUCUGGCUAUCAUGGCUAUUUUUCUGUAUGGUCUAUCAAGGCCUAUCUGUGUCUGGCCAUCAUGGCUAUUUCUGUACGGUCUAUCAAGGCCUGUCUGCGUCUGCCUAUUGUGGCUGUCUGUGUCUGGCCUAUCGUGGCUAUUUAUGUAUGGUCUAUCGAGGCUGUCUGUGUCUGCCUAUCAUGGCUAUUCUGUAUGGUCUAUCGAGGCCUGUCUGCGUCUGCCUAUCGUGGCUGUCUGCGUCUGGCCUAUCGUGGCUAUUUCUGUUGGUCUAUUGAGGCCUGUCUGUGUCUGCCUAUCGUGGCUGUCUGCGUGAGGCCUAUCGUGGCUAUUUAUGUUGGUCUAUCGGGGCCUGUCUGUGUCUGCCUAUCGUGGCUGUCUGCGUCUGGCCUAUCGUGGCUAUUUAUGUACGGUCUAUUGGGGCCUGUCUGUGUCUGCCUAUCGUGGCUGUCUGCGUCUGGCCCAUCGGGCUAUUUAUGUUCGGCCAAUUGGGGCCUGUCCGCGUUUGCCUAUCGUGGCUGUCUGCGUCUUGCCUAUCGUGGCUAUUUAUGUUCGGCCUAUCGAGGCCUGUCCGUGUCUGCCUAUCGUGGCCAUUUCUGUUGGUCUAUCGAGGCCUGUCUGUGUCUGCCUAUCGUGGCUAUUUCUGUUGGUCUAUCGAGGCCUGUCUGUGUCUGCCUAUCGUGGCUAUUUCUGUUGGUCUAUCGAGGCCUGUCUGUGUCUGCCUAUCGUGGCUAUUUCUGUUGGUCUAUCGAGGCCUGUCUGUGUCUGCCUAUCGUGGCUGUUUCUGUUGGUCUAUCGAGGCCUGUCUGUGUCUGCCUAUCGUGGCUAUUUCUGUUGGUCUAUCGAGGCCUGUCUGUGUCUGCCUAUCGUGGCUAUUUCUGUUGGUCUAUCGAGGCCUGUCUGUGUCUGCCUAUCGUGGCAUUUCUGUUGGUCUAUCGAGGCCUGUCUGUGUCUGCCUAUCGUGGCUAUUUCUGUUGGUCUAUCGAGGCCUGUCUGUGUCUGCCUAUCGUGGCAUUUCUGUUGGUCUAUCGAGGCCUGUCUGUGUCUGCCUAUCGUGGCUAUUUCUGUUGGUCUAUCGAGGCCUGUCUUUGUCUGCCUAUCGUGGCUAUUUCUGUUGGUCUAACAAGGCCUGUCCAUGCCUGCCUAUCGUGGCUGUCUGUGUCCUGCCUAUCGUUGCUGUCUGUGUCUGGCCUAUUUCUGUAAAACUUAAGAAGUUUAAUCUAACGUCAUUAUACUGGUCAUGCUAACUCUCUUUCUAUUUCUUCCAGGAACCUUAGGAUUCACAACUGGUGGGUAUACUUCAUCUACUUUUUUUUGGGGGGAAGGCCGGCCCCGUCUGGAGGUCUCAUAAUCCACCUAAUUUUGGGGGUCUGCUGCGCCCCUGCCUUCGUCUUCAGGCAGGAAAUGCAGAUUCGCUACCCUCGGAUUACGAACCAUGGACGGGGCCUUCCGCCAAAGAAAUUUAUAAUUGUGCUCGCUGAGCUGUCAAUAAAUGUAUGCUUCGUACAUUCCUCUA